UUUCUCCCCCCCUUCCUCUCCUCUCCCUCUUUUUUUCUCCCUCCCCUCUUCUUCCUCCCUCCUCCCUCUCUUCUUCCCCCCUUCUCCCUCCUCUUUUUUUUUCCUUUCUUUCCCCCUCCUUCUCCUCUCCUCCCCCCUCUCUCCUUCCCCUCCCCCCCUCUCCUCUUUCUCCUCCGUUCUUUUUUUUCCCCUUCUUCCUUCCCCCCCCCUCUUUCUCCCUUCCUUUUCCCCUCUUCCUUUUCCUCUCUCCCUCUCUUCUCCUUUUUUUUCUCCUCCCCUUCUUCCUUCUCUUUUCUUUUUUUUUUCCUCCCUUCUUUCUUUCUUUCCCUUCCUCUUCUCUCCCUCCCCCCUUUCUUCUUCCCCCCUCUCUCCCGCCUUCUCCUUUCCUCUUCUUUUCCCCCUCUUCUUUCUUCCCCCCUCUCUUCCUCCUUCUCUUCUUUUUCCUUUUUCCCCUUUUCUCUUUUUCCACUCCUCUCCUUCUCUCCCUCCCUUCUCUCUUUCUUUCCUCCUCUCUUCCUUCCCCCUUCCUUUCUUUCCUCCUUUCUCCUCCUUUCCCCCCCCUCCCUUUUUUCUUUUCUUUCCCCCUCCCCUUCUUUCUCCCUCUCUUUUCUCUCUUUUUCUCUUCUCUCUUCUUCCUCCCCCUCUCCUCCUUCUCUCUCCUUCUUUUCCCUCUUCUCUUCCUCUUCCUCUUUUUUCUUUCUCUUUUUCCCCCUCUCUUCCCUCUCCUCUCCCUCUCCCCCCCUUUCCCCCUUUCCUCUUCUCUCUUUUCUUCUUUCCUUCCUUCUCCCCUUUUCUUUUCUUCCUCCCUUUCCCCUUCUCCCCCCUCCCCUCCUCCUUCUCCUUCUCCCCUUUCCUUCUCUCUUCUCUUCCCUCCUCCCUUCCUCCUCCCUCCCUCCUUUUCCUCCUUUUCUUCUUUUCCUUCUCCUUUCUUCCCCCUCUCUCCCCCGUCUUUUCCCCCUUCUCUUCUUCCUCCUUUCUUUUUCUUCUUUUUCUCUCUUCCUCUUUUUCCUUUCCCUCCUCCUCUCCCUUUCCUUUCCUUUCUCCUUUCUUCCCUUUUUCCCCCUUCCUCCCCCUCCUUCCCCUCUCCCCCUCCCUCCCUUUUCCUCCCCUUUCUUCCUUUCCUCCUUUUUCCCUCUUCCUCUCUUCCUUCUUUCCCUUCCUUCUUCCUUUUUCCCUCCUCCCCCUUUCUUUUUUCCCUCCUCCUUCCCCUUCUUCCCCCCUCUUUCCUUCUUCUCCUUUUCCUCCUUCCUCUUUCUUCUUCUUUCCUCCCUCCUUCUCUUUCCUCCUUCCCCCCCCUCCUUUCUCCCUCUCCCCCCCCUCCCCCCUCUUUCUUUUUCUCCUUUCCCUCUCCCCUUUCUUUCUCUCCCCUUCCUCCCUCCCUCUCCCCUCCUCCUCUCCCCUCUUCUCUCCCCCUCUCUUUUUCUCUCUUCCUUUCCCUUCUUCCUCCCCCUUCUCUCCCCCUUCUUCCCUCCCCUUCUCCCCCCUUCCUCCUCCUUCUUCCUUUUCCUCCCUUUUUUCCCCCCCUCUUUCUUUUCCCCUCUCUUUCCCCCUCUCUCCCCUUCCCUCCCUUCCCCUCUCCCUUUCCCUUUCCCUCCCCCCCCCCCCCCUUCCCUUUUCCCCCUUUCUUUUCCCUCUCUCUCCUCCUCUUCCUCUCUCCUCCUUCUCCUCCCCCCUCUUUUUCUCCCCUUUUCCCUUCCCUUCUCCUCCUUCCCUUUCUCCCUUUUCCCCCCCUUUUUCCUUCUUCCCUCCCCCUCUUCCGCUUUCCUUUCCUUCUUCUCCCCCCCCUCCCCUUCUCUUUCUUCUCCCUCCCUUUCCUUCUUUCUUCCCCUUCCUCUCUUCCCCCUCCCCCUCUCUUCCCUCUCUCCUCUCCCCUUUCCUCUCCUUCUUCCUUCUUCCCCUCCUCCCCCCUCUCCCCCCCCUUCUUCCCUCUCUUCCCCCUCCCCUUCCUCUCCUCUUCUCCUUUCCUUCCCUUCCCUUUUCCCCCCUCCCCCCCUUCUCCCUUCUUUUCUUUCCUCCUCUUCCUUUCCCCUUUCUUCCUUCCUUCUCCCUUUCUCUUCCUUCCUCCUCUCUUUCUUCUCCUCCUUUUUUCCUUUCCCCUUCUUUCCCCCUCCCUCUCCCUUCUUUUUCCUUCUCUCCCUCUUCCUUCCUCCCUCUCUUCCUUCUCUUUUUCCCUCUCCUCUCCCCCUUUCCUCUUCCCCCUUUUCCCCCUUCUCUCCCCCCCUUCCCUUCCCCCUUCUCCUCCUCUCUCUUUCUUUCCUUCUUCCUUUCUCUUUCCCUUCCUUUCUUCUUCCCUUCUUUCCUUCCUUUUUCCUCCUUCCUCUUCUCCCUCCCCUCCCUCCCUUCCCCCCCUCCCUUCUCUCUCUUCCCCUCCUUCCUUUUUCCUUCUCUUUUUUCCCCCUCCUCUCCCCUCUUCUUCCUCCUCUUCCCUCCCCCCUCUCCUCCCCUCCCUCUCUUCCCUUCUUCUUCUCCUCCCCCCUCCUUUUUUCUUUUUCUUCUUCUUCUUUUUCUCUCCCCCCCCUCCCCUCUUUCCCCCCCCCCUCUUCUCUCCCCCUUUCCUCCUUUCCUCCUCCUUUUCUUCUUCUCCCUCCCUUUCCCCUCUCCCCCCUUUCUCCCCCCCUCCCUCUCCCCCCUCCCCUCCCCUCCCCCCUUCCUUUUCUUUUUCCUCCUUCUUUCUUCCUCCCCCCUUUCUUUUUUCUCCUUUCUCCUCUCCCUCUCUUUCUUUUCCCUUCCUUUCUCCCCUCUUUUUCCUUUUCCUUUCCUCUUUUCUUCUUUCUUCCUCUCUCCCCUUCCUCUCUCUUUUCCCCUCCGCCUCCCUUUCCUCUUUUUUCCUCUCCUCCCCCUCCCUUCCUCUUCCUCCUCUCCUCCUUCCUUCCUUCCUUUCUCUCCCCCCCUCCCUCCCUCCUCCCUUUUUUCCCCUUUUUUCUCUCUCUCCUUCCUCCUUCCCUUUCCCCCCCCUUUUCCUUUCUUCCUUCUCUCCUCCUCUCUUCCUUCUCUCUUCUUCUCCUCCUUUUCUCUCUCCCCCUCCUCUCCCCUUUUUCCUCUUCCUCCUUCUUCUUCCUCUCCUUUUCCUUCCUUCCUUUUCUUUCCUUCCUCCUCCCCCCUCCUCUCUUUUCUCUUUCUUCCUUCUCCUCCCUUCUCUCUUUCUCUCCUUUCCCCUCUUCUUUCCUUCCCCCCCCUUCCUCUUUCCCCCCUCUCCCUCCCUCCCCCUCUCCCUCUCCCCCUCCCCCCCUCCUCCCCCCUCUUUUCCUUCUUUUCUCCCCUCUUCCUCCCCCUUCCCUCUCUCCCCCCCCCCCCCUUUUUUCCUCCUUCCUUCUCCCCUCUUCCUCUCUCCUCCUCUCUCCUCUUCUCCCCCCUCCCUCCUCUCCCUUCUUCCCUCUUUCCCUCUCUUUCCCUCUUCCUUUCCCUUUCUUUUCCUCUUCCUUCUUCCCCCUUCUUUCUCCUUCUCCUCUCUUCUCCCCCUCUCCCCCCCUCUCUCUUUUCCUUUCCUUCCCUUUCUUCUCCCUCUUUCCUCCUCCUCUCCUUCCUUCUCCCUUCUUCUCUCCCUCUCUCUUUCUCUCUCUCCCUUUCCUCCUUCUCCUCUUCUCCCUCUCUUCUUUCCCCUUUCUUUUCUCCCCUUCCCCUUUUCCUUCUUCCCCUUUCUUCUUUCCCUCCUUCCCUUUCCCCUUCUUUUCCUUUCUCUCCCUCUCCCCCCUUUUCCUUUCCUUCCCUUUCUUCUUCCUUUUUCCCUUUUCCUCCCUUUUUUUCUUUUCCUCCUUCCUUUCUCCCUUUUUUUUUCUCUUUCUCCUUUUCUCCCUCCCCCUCCUCUCCUCUUCUCCCCCCCUUUCUUUUCUCUUCCUUCUUCUUCCUUUUUUUUUCCUUUUCUCUCUCCUUCUCUUCUUUUUCCUCUCCCUUCUCCCCUUCUUUUCUUUCUCUCCCUUUCUCCCUCCCCUUCCCUCCUCUCUCUUUUUCUUUCUCUCCCCCUUCUCUUCCUCCCCUCCUUUUCCCUCUUCCCCCCCCUCCUCUCUUUUCUCCCUCCUCUUCUUUCUUCCCCCUCUCCUUUCCCUCCCUUCUUUCCUCUCUUCUUCUUCUUCUUCCCUCCCCCUUCUUCCUCCUUCUUUCUCCUUUCUUCUCCUCUCCCCCUUCUUUUUUCUUCUCCCUUCUUUUCCCUUCCUUCCUCCUUUUUCCUCUCUCCUCCUUCUCCCUCUUUUUCCUCUUUCUCUUCCCCCUCCUCUUUUUCCUUCCUCCCUUCUCUCUUCUUCUCCCUUUCCCUUUCUUUCUUCCUCCUCCCCCUUUUCUUUCUCCCCCUUCCUCCUUUUUUCCCCUUCUCUUUUCCUCUUCCUCCCCCCCUUUUUCUCCUUCUUUCCUCCCUCUUCCUCUUCUUCUCUUCCUUCCUCUCUUCUUUCUUCCCUCUUCAUCCCUUUUCUUUCUCUCCCCCCUUCCCCCUUUCCCCCCUCCUCUCCUCCUUCUUCUCUUUUUCCUUUCUCCUUCCCUUUCCUUUCUCUCCUCUUCCCUCCUUUCUCCUUUCCCCUUCUCCUCCCCCUCUCUUUUUCCCUUUUUCUCUCUUUCCCUCCCUCCCCCUCCUUUCCUUCUCUUCCCUCCCUUUCCCCUUCCCCCUCCCUUUCUCCUCCCUCCCCCUUCCUUUCUUCCUCCUUUCUCUCUUUUCUCUCUCCUCUCUCUCUCUUCUCUCCUCCUCCUUUUCCUUCCCCUCUCUCUUCUCUCCUCCUUCCUCCCCUCUUCCUCUUCCCCUUUCCCCUCCCUUCCCUCUCUCUUCCUUUUCUCCCUUCUCCUCUCCUCCCUCCUCUUCCUCCCCUCCUCCCCUUCUCUCCUCUUUUCCCUCCCCCCCCUCUUUCCUCUUUCCCCCCUUCCCCCUUUCCCUCUUUUUUCUUCUUCCUCCCCCUCCCUUCUUCCUUUCCCUCUCCCCUCUUUCCUUUUCCUUCUCUUCCCUCCCUUUUCUCCUCCCUUCCUCCCUCCCUUCCUCCUUUCUUUUCCUCUCUCUCUCCUCCUUUUCUUUUUCCUUCCUUCUCUUUUUCCUUUCUCUUUCUUCUCCCCUCUUUCCUUCUUCUCCCCCUCUUUCCCCUUUUUCCCUCUCCCUUCUCCUUCCUUCCCUUUUUUCCCCCCUUCUCUCCUUCUUCCCCUCUCCUCCCCUCCUUCUCCUCUCUUUUUUCUUUUUCCUUUUUUCCCUUUUUCCCCUCUCUCCCCUCCCCUUCUCUUUUUUUCUUUCUUUUUUUUCCCUUCUUUCCUCCCUCUCCCCUCUUCUUUCCCUCCCUCUCCUCCCUCCUCUUUCUUUCCCCUCUCUUUCCCUUUCUUCUCUCUCUCCUUUUUUUUUUUCUCCUUCCUCUCUUCCUUUUUCCUUCUCUCCCUCUCUCCUCCCUUCCUUCCCUUCCUCUUCCUUCCUUCUCUCCCUCCUCCCCCUCUCCCCCCCUUUCCCUCCCCUCUUUUCUCUCCUCUCUUUUCUCCUCUCCCCUCUUCCCCUUUCUUCCCUCCCCCUCCCCCUUUCUCCUUCUCCCUCCCUCCCUCCCUCCUUUCUCCCCUCCCUUCCCUUCUUCCUUUUCUCCUCUCUCCCCUCCUCCUUCCUUCCCCCCUUCCUUUCCCCCUCCCCCUCCCCCUCCUCCCCUUUCUUCCUUCCUUCUCUUUCUUCUUCUCCUCUCUUUCUCUUCCCCCCCCCUCUCCCCCCCCCCUCCUUCUUCUUCCCUCCCUCUCUCCCCUUUCUUCUCCCUUCCUCCUCCCCUUCCUCCCCCUUUUCUCCUUCCCACCCUUUUCCUUCCUCCCCUCCUCUCUUUUUCUCCUUCCCUCCUUCUUUUUCUCUUCCCCCUUCCUUUCUUUUCCCCUCCCCCCCCCUCCUCCUUCUUUCUCUUCUCUCCUUCCCCCCCCUUUUUUCCUCUUUUUUUCCCUUCCUUUUCCUUCCCUCUUCCCUCUUCCCUUUCUCCUCUCCCCCCUCCUUCCUCUUCCUUUCUUCUCUUUCCCUCUCUUUUCUUCUCUCUUCCUUCCCUUCUCUUCUCUCCUCCCUCCUUUCUCUUCCUCCCUUCCUCCUUUUUCCUCCUCCUUUUUUCUUCCUCCCUCUCUUCCCCCUUCCUUCUUUUCUUCCCUUCUCCUCUCUUUCCCCCUCUUCCCUUCUUUUUCUCCUUCCCUCCUUUUUUCCUUCCUUUCCCCCCCCCCUUCCCUCUCCCUUCCUUCCCCCCCUCUCCCUCUCCUUCCCCCUCUUUCCCUCUCCCCUUUCUUCCUCCUUCUCUCUCCUCCCUCCCCCCCCUUCCCUCCCCUUUCCCUCCCUUCCCCUCUCCUUUCCCUCCUCUCUCCCUCCCUCUCCCUCUCCCCCUCCUCCCUCCCUCUUCCUUUUUCCUUCCUCCUUUUUUUUUCCCCUCUCCCUCUUUCUCUUCCUCCUUCCCCUUCUCCUUUUCUCCCCUCUUCCUCUUCUUUCCUUCCCCCCUCCUCCCUUCUCUCUUCCCCCCUUCCCUCUCUCUCUUUCUUCCCCCCCCCCCCCUUCCCUUCCUUCCCUCCCUUCUCCCUCCUUUCCUUCCUUCCUCCUUUUUCCUCCCUCUUUCUUCUCUUCUUUUUUCUCCCCUUCUCCUUCCUCCCCUCUCCCUUCUUCUUCUUCCCUUCUUCCUUCCCUCCCCCCCCCCCCUCCUCCUCUCUCUCUCUCUUUUCCUCCCCCUCCUUUCCCUCCUUCCCUCUUUUCUUUUCUCUCUCCCCUCUUCUUUUCUCCUUCCUUUUUCUCCUCUCUCCCUCCUUUUCUCUUCCUCCUUUCUCUUUCCUCUCCCUUCUUCUUCCUUCUUUUUUUCUUUCUCCUCCUCUUCUCCCCCCUUCCCCUUUUCCCUUCCCCCCUUCCUUUUUUCCUUUCUUUUCCCUCCUUCUCCUUUUCCUCUCUCCCUCCUCCUCCCCUUUCCCCUUCUUCUCUUUCUCCCCUCCCCUUCCCCUUCUUUCCCUUUCCUCUUCCUCCUUCUUUUCUCUUCCUCCUUCCUUCCUUCCUUUCUCCUUUCCCUCUCUUUCCUCUUCCCCCCUUCCUUCCUUCUUUCCUUCUUUUUCCCCUCUUUUUCCCUUUUCCUUCUUUCUCCUUCCCCUCUCUCUUCCCUUUCCCUUUCUCUCCCCCUUCUUUUUUUCCUCCCUUUCCCCCCUUUUUCCCUUUUCUUCUCUCCCUUUCUCUUCCUCCUCCCUUCCCUCCCUUUUCCUUUCUCUUUCUCUUCUUCUCUUCCCCUCUCCUCUCUCUCUUCCCCCUUUUUCCUCUCCCUUCUCCUCUCCCUCUCCCCCUCCUUUCCUUCCUUCCUUCUUUUUCCCCCCUUUUUCCCUCUCUCUUUUUCUCUUUUCUUCUUUUUUCUUUUCCCUUUCCUUCCCUCCUCUUCCCUUUCCCCUCCCCCUUCCUCCUCUCUUCCUUUCCCUCUCUCUCCCUCUUUCCUCCUUCUCCUCCCUCCCUCCCCCCCUCCUCUUUUCCUCCCCCUUCCCUCCCUCCUCCCUUUCCUCUUCUCUCCCCCCUCCCUCUCUUCCCCCCCUCCUCCCUCUUCUCCCCCUCCCUUUUCCUCUCCCCCUUCUCCUCCUCCCUCCCCCUUCUUCCCCCUUCUUCCCCUUUCCCCUUUCCUCUUCCUCUUUCCUCCCCCUCCCCUCCCUUCUUCCUUCUCCCUUUUUCCUCUUCCCCCCCUUCUCCCCCUUCCCCUUUCCCUUAG